GUUGGGGGAGCGCCCGACUCGUUUCUUCUCUCGAUCGCCGACUCCCUACUCUUUUGGUCUCUCCUCUCUCGCCCAAGAAAACCCUCCUCUCCUCUCUCUCCCAUUACCUUUCCUCCUUCUCCUCCUCCACCGCCGCCGCCCCGCGAUUCGAGGACAGCAGUUGCGAUUCGUCGAGCAUGCCGACUGUUAGUGUCAAAUGGCAAAAAGAAGUCUUUCCAUCUGUGGAAAUCGACACCAGCCAACCUCCUCUUGUAUUUAAAUGUCAAUUGUAUGCUUUGACUGGUGUACCUCCUGAGCGGCAAAAAAUUAUGGUCAAGGGUGGUCUUUUGAAGGAUGAUGCAGAUUGGGCAACUCUAGGUGUCAAAGAGGGGCAAAAGUUGAUGAUGAUGGGCACAGCUGAUGAGAUAGUGAAAGCUCCAGAGAAAGGUCCCGUAUUUAUGGAGGAUUUGCCAGAAGAAGAACAAGUAGUAGCUGUGGGUCACAGUGCUGGUCUAUAUAAUUUGGGAAACACGUGUUACAUGAACUCUACAUUGCAAUGUCUUCAUUCGGUUCCGGAGUUGAAGUCAGCGCUGUUGAGUUACACCAACUCAGGAAGAAAUAAUGAGCUAGAUCAGUACUCACACCUUCUGACCGUCGCAACUCGAGAUCUUUUUGGCGAACUCGAUAGGAAUGUGAGGCCUGUUGCACCAUUACAGUUUUUGUCGAUUUUACGUAAAAAGUAUCCUCAGUUUGCCCAGCAGCAUAACGGUGGUUACAUGCAGCAGGAUGCUGAAGAAUGUUGGACCCAGCUUAUGUACACACUUUCUCAAUCUCUUAGAUCAUCAGAUUCCAGUGAAGCAUCUGCGACAGUGAAGGCACUCUUUGGUGUUGGCCUUGUCAACAGGGUCUAUUGUGCAGAAAGCAGUGAAGAAAGCUUUGAGAAUGAAUCGGUUUAUGCACUAAAAUGCCAUAUCUCGCAGGAUAUCAACCACUUGCAUGAGGGGCUCAGACGUGGCCUAAAGUCAGAACUAGAGAAGAUGUCUACUUCUUUGGGACGCAGUGCAGUUUUUUCAAAAGAAUCAUGCAUUAGUGAAUUGCCCAGGUAUCUGACUGUUCAGUUUGUUCGUUUCUUCUGGAAAAGGGAGUCUAACCAGAAGGCAAAAAUAUUGCGGAAAGUGGAUUAUCCUUUGGAACUUGAUGUUUAUGAGUUCUGUUCAGAUGAACUUCGUCAAAAGCUUCAGACUCCUCGUCAGACACUACGAGAGUUAGAAAAUGUCAAGCUUGGAUUAAAAGUAGAAGACAAGAAGAAGGAACAUGAAGUCAACAUGCCUACAUCAGAGGGGUCAUCUAAUGAUAGUAGUGAACCAUCUAGCAUGGCUCUUGACAAAGCUGUAUCUUCUGAAGAUAAGGGGCAGUUAACUGGAAUUUAUGAUUUGGUAGCUGUGCUUACUCACAAGGGAAGGAGUGCUGACUCUGGGCACUACGUUGCCUGGGUGAAACAAGAAAAUGGAAAAUGGAUUCAAUAUGAUGAUGACAAUCCAAUCCCACAAAGGGAAGAAGAUAUUACAAAACUAUCUGGCGGUGGUGAUUGGCACAUGGCAUACAUCUGCGUGUAUAAAGCCAGAGUGGUUUGACAUGUGGAACACAGAAAAAGAUCAAGAGGACUUGUACUGUUAAAUCUGGAGUACAGAUGACUUUUAUUUGUUACGGGACCUAAAAUAUCCUGGUUAUUGUUUGGUAAAUAGCUUCCACAAAUGUGCUACUUUCUCCUUUUUGGUGCCAUUUUUACGAGUUGAUCGAGUGAUAUUUGCGUUUUAUACAUGAUACGCUCUCAUUUCUUUGAUCAUAUAUUAUUGGCGACAUUGCUCCUGCGAGGAA